AUGGGGAGCAGAGUAAGUGUGGAGAGUAAGGAGUCUGCCAAGCGGUCAAGAGAACUUGAAAAGAAACUUCAGGAAGACGCAGAGCGGGAUGCCAGGACGGUGAAGCUGCUGUUGUUAGGAGCUGGAGAAUCUGGGAAAAGCACCAUUGUGAAGCAAAUGAAGAUUAUCCAUAAGAAUGGCUACACAGAGCAAGAAUGCAUGGAGUACAAAGCAGUUGUUUACAGCAAUACACUGCAAUCUAUUUUGGCGAUCACGAAGGCCAUGACAACAUUAGGAAUUGAAUAUGGAAAUCCCCAAAGUGCAGAAGACGAAAAGCAGCUCGGCACGAUGGCAAACACCUUAGAAGAUGGCACCAUGACUCCCGAGCUUGCGGAAAGGAUGAAGCGUCUGUGGAGAGACCCUGGAAUCCAGGCCUGCUUCAAACGUGCCUCGGAAUAUCAGCUCAGUGAUUCUGCUGCUUAUUACCUCAAUGACCUGGACAGACUAUCCGCCCCUGGAUACCUUCCCAAUGAACAAGACGUGCUGCACUCAAGGGUAAAAACCACGGGAAUCAUUGAAACCCAAUUUUCCUUCAAGGAUUUGCAUUUCAGGAUGUUUGACGUUGGUGGGCAGAGGUCAGAGAGAAAGAAAUGGAUCCACUGCUUUGAAGGAGUGACCUGCAUCAUCUUUUGCGUAGCCCUCAGUGCCUACGACAUGGUCCUGGUGGAAGAUGAAGAAGUGAACAGAAUGCACGAGAGCCUUCAUCUGUUCAACAGUAUCUGUAAUCACAAGUACUUUGCUACCACAUCCAUUGUCCUGUUUCUCAAUAAGAAAGACCUCUUCAAAGAUAAAGUAACAAAGGUUCAUCUCAGUAUAUGCUUCCCAGAAUACAAAGGCCCCAACACAUUUGAAGAUGCAGGAAAUUAUAUCAAGAACCAGUUCGUCAACCUAAAUUUAAAAAAAGAAGAUAAGGAGAUAUAUUGUCAUAUGACCUGCGCCACAGACACCCAGAACGUCAAAUUUGUUUUUGAUGCAGUUACAGACAUAAUAAUCAAAGAAAAUCUGAAAGAUUGUGGGCUCUUCUGA